CGAGCAAGUCUUUUUCUUAAAUAAUCAAGUCAAAGUGCUUUUUCUUCGUGUCGCUUCACGUUCGCAAUAAACCGCAAAAAAAAAUAUUGAAGGCACAACAUGGGGGCGUCGCAAUCGCUGGACGCUUUUUUCGGGUCACCGCCCGUCCCGAGCAACUCGGAACAAGUAGAUGUGUAUCAAUACCUACGUCGUGCGGAGAAAGCUGUGUGGCUCACAGGUCCGUUUUGGAGCGACAGCGACGUCGAGACUGCAAAAACUUCUCAGUCGAGUCCCACCAAACUUGGGGCAACACCUAGAGACCCAUUCAAGAAAAUGGUUUGAAGCUGUUGUAGUCAUUUGCAGCUAAACUGGGGCUAAUGAGUGGUGUAUAUAGACUCCGAACGACGCUCUGAGCACCAUCCCCGCCAUGCUGGACGAGAUGUGGGUUUCGCCACUAGUCGCGCUCGUGGAUUGCGUGGAUCCAAUUCCAAGGAGCGCGGGACUUGCAUUGCUAUCGAGAAUUGUUCAGAGAGGUAAUGUCGAGAAUUGGGGUUGUCACUACUGAGUUAUUACUACUGAGUUAUUACUGACGGAUUUCGAGCAGAGUCGGUGGCCAAGGUUUUUUUCGCUGUAAGAGGAAUGGACAAGGUCAUGGUAUUACUCGACAGUCAAGAUCAACAAGCGACACAUCUGGCGUUGGAAGUCAUUUUCGCUUUGUGCGCCAGUAGCUCGAGUGUGAUACUGCCGUUCUGUGAGGCUGGACUUAUCGAACGCCUAACCGAGUUGAUUAAGGGCGAUAACUUGGACCUCGUAUUGGCUUCGCUCAAGGUUCUACGACUAACACUGCGGCAAAGUACCGUAAAAGCGGCGUUAUCGAUGUGCAAAACACUAGAAGUGCUGAUGGAUUUAGUGCACUCGCCCCAGACUGCAAUAGCCAAGACUGCCAUCACCUGCAUCGGGCUUUCGCUUCCAAAUUCCGAGAACUUAGCGGAACUGCUCCGACUUGGUUGUAUCGACACUUUCCUGCGCCUCAUGUCACCUACAAACUCUAAUGCCGACGCUGUCAUCUUCGCCUUGUCACUGAUCGCUGACGAGACCGACACAAUAUUUCCGCGUGAGCAGACCACAGCAACACUUGGACGCAUGCUCGAGACACUUCGAGGAGCAGCAAAACGAUCCCCCGCCGCCAGCGCUACGAGUUUUCUGUUUGCAAGUCUUGCCAAGUCGAGUAUUUUUCACUCCGCAGUCUGUUCCGAGACCAACUUGGGCAUCCUAGCCAAGCUGCUGGUCGGUGGCUCGCCUGAAGUUCUCGGAUCUACCGCUUACGCUCUGGGUAUCGUAGCGCUUCAUGCGAACGACCGUGUACGGCAGAUAUUGUUCCAAGUCGAUGCUCCACAGAAUCUCAUCCGGUUGGUGACUCUUUCACUGGAUUCAUCAGGGUCUGGACGUGACGAAAAAGUGGCGAGACUCGCGAUAUUUGCACUAGCAACUGUCACAAACGAGGCUUUGGUUUCUCGUACAGGUACAUUGGUGCAUCCAGAGCUUGCGUCGUCACCGUCAGGAGCAUCAGACGCACUGCGUAUCAGUACGAUCGCAUGCUGUGAAAGUAUGCAGGGGAGCGAUUUCUUACCGCACGUGUAUGCUCGAGCGCUUAAGAGACUAGGAACAGGGUCGACCUACGCAUUGAAGCUGCUGGUCGCUCUCAGUACAGCGUCUAACGCCAAGGAACACAUAUGUGAAGCGGAGAGCGUGGCCAGAAUGCUGCAGUAUCUUCGCGGAGCAAGUGCAGAAUUCCUACCCAGUUUAGUGGUCCUCUUUCUCGAGUGCUGCAGCUGUGAGGAUGACCACAGUUUGGCUUUCUAUAAGCUCGUGGAGACUACCCCUGAUGCUCUGCAGAUCCUCGGUUCACUGUUCCAGAACCAUCAACCGGAGAAUCUAUUCGGUUUGGCACCAUUAUUCGGUGCCCUUGCUGGACAUUCAACACUACUCAGAGACCACAUGAGUUCAUCGACUUUCUUUGUGGACCAGACGUUGAAUGUUGCUACACGACUCAAUCAUGAAGCUCUCCACGAACAAGUCUUUGGCUUCUUGGAUGGACUCACAGCUCACAAGAACACACGUGCACUGGAGCAGAUUUUCGCCAGUGAUCCAGACCGUAUCGCUAAUUUACUUCUAGCAUCGCUCAAUACCCAAGUGCAGCUCAUAGGAGCUACACUGCUGCGUCGUCUAUUUAAGCGUCUCAACUCGCGUGACAUCCCUUCCACUGCAGCUCAGCGUCAUUUAGCGAAGUUGCUAUCCAGUUCCGGUGUGAACAUCACGAUGGCUGUAGCAACGUGUCGAGUUUGGGGGAACCUUUUCCAGUAUGAGGACAAGCGGCUCGCGUUCGCUCAGAUUCCCGACUCAGUGUCAGGUCUCUUACUAUUACUACAGCGAUGCAUCGGUAAUCAACCAGUUUGUAACACAGCAACAAUUCAUGCCUCGAGCAUCAACAGUCAAGACUUGGAAGCCGAGGAAAAGAAGGUCGUGCCAUCAGGUCUAAAGCCUCUGUACUGGGUUAUCCGGACGACGUACCGGAUGGCAUGCUGCGAGGUCACCAAGCAGCCUCUUAUUGUGGCGCCUCAAUUCCUGUGUAUUAUGGAACUAUUUCCCCAUGCAUGCGAUCCCAUCGCUCGACUUGCAAUCGACACGAUGAGUGAGCUCGCAAGAUCAAGGACUCCAGGAUUGCGUCGUACAUUAGCAGUACCGGUGGUGCUUAACGCCAUUCAGCAGCUUCUUCGUGAUCGUGAACGUGGAUCUACUGGACAAGGUGCACUUCCACAACGUCACGUGCUUCGCUUUCUCGGUCUGUUAGCUCGACGAGAUGCAGCGAUCCAGCAUCUUGUCGUGGAGAGUAGACUACUGGAGGCUUUGUUGCUCUUGUUGCAUUCUCCAUCGACUGCACUGAAUGCUGAGCUGCUCGCUGAGUCGUUGGAUGCUCUAGCUUGGGUGUGCAGUGCUGCUAUGUCACCUACCGAUGUCGAGGCGCAAGCUGAGAUUGACGAUGAAGCUGAGAUUGAGACUCUAGAAGGUGAAGCACCAGCUAGACGAGUCGUGGCUACGUCCAAGAUGGUGGACUUGUCACUCCGCCAUGCCGACUCAGCUCUCGCUCCUGUAGCUCGUGCCAGUCUCCAUCUACUGCAACGACUUGCGUGUGAACAGCCAGGAGUUCCUCAGUUUGUAUACGAGGCUAAUGGCGCUUCAGUAGUGAUGCGAGCGCUGCAACAACGGUCUGAAUACGCAGUACAACGUCGAGUGUGCGGACUUAUACGUCACCUGGUUCAUCAACACGACGGGAAUCGCCAACAAUUCCAAGAACUGGGUGCAACAAGCUUCCUAGUGGAACUCGUAAUAACUGCUCAAACGUCUCGAGUAGAAAAUGGAUCGUCGCAAAAGUUGCAGAUCAAAGCACUUCAGGCGCUUGCAGCAUUGUGUGAAGGCUCAAGUCCUGCAGCGAGAGCGUCCAAGAAGGAAAUACUCGAGUGUGAGCAAUCCGCAGACCUUGUACAGCUUGUAAAUGCUGCUGAUGAUGAACGACUUUGUGCGGCUUGGACGCGUGCUCUUGCAAUGGGAGUGUUCGCAAGUAGCAACAACCAACGACAUCUAGUAUCAGCUGGACUUGUGUCUCUACUUACCAAGUUACUACGUCAUCCAAGUAACUUUGUGCGCGUUCCAGCUGCUCAGUUACUUGCCUAUUUGGCUGAAGCUCCAGAGAAUCGUGGCGUUAUUUUGAACGAAGGUGGAGACACUCUACUGUUAGCGACCAUCGCAGGUCUACAAUCUGAACUUCCUGGAUUACAGCGGCACACAGCUCUCUUGGUAGCGAAUCUAGCGACUCGACAUGAAGGGAACAAAGUUCGAUUGGGAGCUGCUGGCGCUGCAUCGCCACUGGUGGAUCGAUUGUCUUCUCAACGAAGAAAUGUUUUGGAAAAUGUAUUGCUAGCUGUCGUGAAGCUCGGAUCACACGCUGGUAACAAGGUCAAGUUAGGAGGGAAAGUGUGUUUCGAGAAACUAUUAUCUCUCGUGCACCAUGACACUCUUGAAGUUGCUAAAGGUGCAGCCAGAGCUCUCGCUGUGCUUGUGGUGGGAAAUGACGCCAACAAGAAGUUCCUUCUUCAAUGCGAAACUCCCGUCGUCGCAGAAUUAAGUACACUAUUGAAAGGAUCGAAUGGGAGUAUCGUGGAGAGUGCCAUGCUCGUAUUGGGCGAGUUGGCUCCGAUGCCAGCUCAAGCGCUCGAGUUGUCGCGCUGCGUUGAUGUGCUCUCAGUCGUCAAGUUACUCUCUCACAUCAAUCCACGCAUCACACGUGCAGCGUUGCUCGUCGUCCGACAUCUCACUCGUGAGUCUUUCAAUAAGACUCGCUUUGGGCUUCGUGAGUGCGUGGAAGCGCUUCUAACUCGGUUAAGACUUGGUCUUAGCGGUACGAGUGGAGCAGAUGAGCUGGAGAUGAUGGAGCUGAUAGUCACUUGUCUUGCCAACUUGUCUUUCGCUUCCAGUAAUGCAUCACUUAUUGCUGAACAUGGUGACUCGCUACUUCUGUUGUUACAACUCACGACUUCAGCUUUACCUACAACAAUGAAAGAUUACCUGUCGAAGAGAGAGAUGUUGCGUCUGAUGUCUCAAGGCGACGGAACAGAUAGGAGCACUUCAUCGCCUAAUAAGGCUCAACAAGUGGAUAACAACGACUCGUCUCCACUUCGUGGUAAAGAGGGCGAAGAAAUAUACGAGAAGAUGACCAGAGAUUCCCCCAAGAAAGGAGCUAUCAAGAGCGAUGAACCUCAUCACGCUGAGAUCGAGUCUCAGUCUCAAAAGCUGGACUUCAGUGCCUUCCCAAGUCUCCAAACUGCUGUACUGGAACAAACGUUGCUGGUUCUCAGCAAUUGUGCCGAUCAAUAUCGCACAAUUAAGGUUGUGGAUACUCUAACUGUCGCUGUGUUAUGCCAGGCUCUACAUCAUUCAAGCGAACUUGUUACGAGGUGUGGAUGCUACACUUUGGCCUGUUGGUUGAAGCAGAACACGUCGCUACAAGACGCAGCUACUAAGCGUGGAGCGCUGCAGACUUUGUCCAAGCUACUGACAUCUACGAGUCUUGUGGUAGUAGAAGCAGCAGCCUACGUGCUGUCCAAGCUCGCAGCACGAGGCGAUAACCCGAUGAAGCUGCUGGCAUUUGACGUCCCAGCCACACUUGUGCAUGGAAUUCUGAGGAAAUCUGCUAACGUACCGCACGAUCGCGUACUGGAUCGUGCUGCACGAUUACUUGGCACAUUGGUACAAUUCUCGCGCGUUCGUCAAGGACUUAAAGGCGAAGAAAUCAUCGCUGAUGUGCUUACACCGUUGUUGCAGCUACAUCCUCAGACUCUGGGCAAGAAUCUCAGUCGUCUUGUACUAGUGCUGCUAGCGGACGACUCGCUCAAGUUCUUCCUGCCUAAGAAGACCGUGUCAUUACUGCGAGCCUGCUUUGUUCAUCAAGCCACAAGCGCGAAGACGAUUCGCAACGUGCUACGUAUUUUCGCUGUGCUUGUUACAGUGGAAGAGCACAAGACGACGAUCACUCUCGAAGACAGUGGCGAAGCACUUGGACGCAUUGUACAAGAACUGCGGGUCAACGAGGGAGUUCUCGGUGAGAACGACGAGACCGUUCUUGGAAUUCUUGCGUGUAUCGCAGGCACUAGGAAGAUCGCAGUGAUUCUUCAUGAGAACGACGUUUACGUGAGGUUACCGCCGUACAUUUUGGUGUCCCAGGACGAUAAUUCGGUCCCUGAGAACGACACAACAUUGAAAACUCGACGUCUUCACACGGUUCAAGUCGCUGCUCAGCUUUGCAAGGCUUUAGACGAUCAAGCAGUGCGUCAAUUAUCCGAACUGGAGUUCACGAGUUUGUUGUUGGAACUACUCCGUGUGGGGCUUCCACCUCCACAGUUACCUGAAGCUGAAGGUGAAGACGCAGCACUGAAUACUGCAGCUAGCCCAGCGACGCUCUCGCCGUUGAACUGGGUGUGUCUUGACGUCUUACGGCAAUUGUGUUCAUCUUCUUACGACGAACAAGCCAUCGUAGAGGUGGGUGGUGUGGAACUUCUAGUCGCGUACUUCGAGCUCUGGUUAUCCGUGACAUCGGGUGUUGCUCCCAAUUUGUUCCCUUCAGAAGGUGAAGGUCUAGUACUGUCGUUCGCAGUGUCGCUAACAGCGAUCAUCCGCACGCUUUCAGCUCAAACUCCUAACCGUGAACUGAUGGUACAAGCUGGAGGAUUCCCACUCGUCUUGAAAGCUCUUGGUCUUGGAACACCCGAGUUACCAAAUCCACAACGUGAGCAGCUCGCAGAAGCGCUUGCUGGGUUAACCGCGUUGCCAAUCAUGGUGCCAUACCUCGAGGCUUCUCCUGAUCUAGUGGCUCCAUUGUUCCGCUUCAUGGUGGCUCCUCAGACCCAGCAAUUGAGUCACUUACUGCUGCUAGCACUGCGUGCAUUCGCCGACGUCAUGGAAGUCUCACCAGCGAGUCGUUCGUACGUAUUGGAGAUCACUGGAGGUGCCAUUCAACCUCUUCCAUUCCUAUUAUCGUGUCUAGAAUGCUCCAGUAUUUAUCCAAGUGAUGGCGGCAUCGUGAGACUUCUCCACACUAUGCGGUCGAUUCAACGUUUAGUUACUGAUCAAGUUAUAGCUCGAGCCUUGGCAUCCCUUGACGAUCUUCCAGCUAUUGGGAAGUUAUUAUCACUAGUGCUGCCUCUUCCUAGUUACGACGAUCGAAUGGAGAUUGUACAGCUCAUGGCUACAGAGACUUUGGGCUACUUGUCGUUCUUCGGUCACUCCCCUCAACUCCGUCUUGAACGCUCAGGAAUUACCCGGUUAUUGGCUCAAGCAGACUACACAAAGGAUGAACGCGUGAAGCCUGAAAACAUCGCAACCACUAUGUGGACAUUAUCACUGUUAUCAACACCGCAAGUUUCACGCUCAAGUGAAGCUGAAGCAGUGGAAACUACAGCGAACUGUGUGCGUAGCUGGAUAUGGGAAGAUCCUCGUGGACUUGAUGUGCUCAUUAGCUGUGGACUACGGUCUCCUGAGUAUCUGAAUCUACCCACAUCGGUAGUCUCGGAUGUGCUGGCUGUGCUCGUAACAGCGACGGAGAAAGGACCGGAGGCUGAUACUGUGCUCACUCUACUUGUUCAAAAGCGAGUAUGCACACCCGCUGCAGCUCUACUAGAAGCAGUAGAACCUACCGUUCGCCUUCCAGCACUGCAGCUUUUGGCACGAAUACUCAACAAGCAAGUAUGGGCGUCGAACGAGCCUUUAAGCACAACGAUCGUCAAGAAAGAAUCCAGUGACGAACGUUGGAGUGCUGUUCUACAGCAUCUGGCUGAAUGGCUGCAAGUUUACGCUCAGGACCCUCAAAUCUCCCCGUUAAGUGAGCUGCGAGAUGCCUACCGUUGUUUAAGCGUUUUGACAGCACACAACGAGAUUGCAGUUCAAUUCCAGAAAGGAGAAGCCCCUCGUGGUCUCAUCAACUUAGUAGCGACGUCACUGCACCAUUUCGGUGGUAAACGGCUGCCCAGUCGACCUGAAAGUCUCGUACUUAUUCGAAGAGAGUCCGCUUACAGUGAAGAGCCAAGUCCAGAAGCUACCGAUACCGCAGAGCGCGCUCGAUUAGACUGGACGCUGCAGUUUGCGACUGUGCUUCACGUACUGCGCGUAUGUCGACGUUUGAUGUCAUUCUCGUCUCAACUGAGUGAAAACGCACUCGAGUUGCACGUGCCUCGCGCACUUGACAGUCUUGUACUGCUGCAUGAUCGCCAGAUAUUGGACGAAGCUCUUCGUUGCAUGCUUCAUCUCGCUACGCUACAUGGAGAGGAGACCGAGUUGCUGUUCUCUUCCGACCGCACAGUGGCUCGACUUAAAGGCUUGUUACAGAGUGAAUCCAGACCAUUACAGGCUCGCAUCACGCCCAUCUUGUCUCUCAUGACAACAAAUAUGCCCACGUUACCAGGAUUGUGCAGUAUGGAUGGCAUUCUCAUCUUGGCAGACCUUGCUGUCUGUAGCUCAGGCGAUGACAUCCUUACGAAGACUGGAGAUAACACAGCUCUCGCUCUCGAUCGUCGUGUCUUUGAAGAUUCCUGUACGAUGCUGCAUGUGAUCUUCUCUCACGAAGAAGGCGUUAUCCUAGCGUUUGAUGUGGCUCAAGUGAUGUCGAAGCUCUUUGGAAUUGUAGAGAGAAUGACUAAAUUUUGUAUCGCGUCAGGAAAUGAUGUCGCAGAGGCUCCAGAGCUGCUCCACUUGCCUUUAAGCGUACUUGUCAAAGCCUCAUUUGUCCCUGCUGUUCACGUACGUUAUCUGGAGUUACUGCCUCGAAUAUGUCACCUCUUGGAUGGAAAAAAUGGUCCUGCAAAGCUCACAGGACGGUGGUGUGAGAUGCUGCUAUCGAUCUUGUUUAACGUGUUCGGCUGUCCUUUUGGAAGCCAUUCAGCAGCGUCAGUCGAGAUCCUCGCACAAGGAAAAAGAGCUCUUCUACCUCAGCUUUUACCGCUGGAACGAUGGUUGUCUGUUGUCGAUUCCUUCCCAGCAUUAGGUCGACUAGUUAUUGAGUUGACCCGUGCAUUCGUUGGGACUGGAGAGCUCUCUUCCCCAUACGCAACUCUGUUCAAUAGUGGAGAAGACAUCCCAGCGCUUCUUAAGCUAAUUGGAUCAACCAAUGACGAGGUUGCUAUCCCGUCUGCUCAGUUGUUGCUAGCGGUGCUAAAACAGCGCGAUGUACGUGUUGCUUUGAUUGUGGCGGACGGAGUACCUGCUCUGGUAGUAGCGCUAUGUCAAGCAAGAAACAUCAAGGUGCAGAACCUGUUACUAGCACUGAUCCUAGACUUAUCCAAAGGUGAUACAGAGGUGCAAGCGCUGCUGUUGAUCGCCCCCGGUUGUGUCGGACGUCUCGUGGAAAUCGUUCAAGAAUCGGUGGCUCACGCAAACGAUAAGAAAGAGAACAGAAGUAGUCUCGAUGAACGACUCAUGUUGACGUGUACGCUAUUGACAGAGCUAUCCCGAGCACUUUAUGGACCAGAACGCAUCGUAGAAGUUAGCGGGCAUUUGCCAUUGCUCGCGUUGAGUAUCCAGCAGCAAGAAUACGAUCUCCAAGGAGCUCACACGACAGUUCAAAUUCUCACGAACCUGGCAGUUGCUGGCAUGACCGUGGCUCCUGGUCUCGCUGCGUCCAAACUACCCGCACACUUUCUGUCGUGUGUACUCUCAGACGAGAAAGAACUUGCGAAAUCAAGCAAGAAGCAAGUGUUGCCAUUAAGAUGGCGACUGGCGUUGACUGGGUUGGUCGCUCUAGCGAAAGCCAACCGCGAAUUACGAGCUACACUCGCGCAGAGUAAACCCCUAGUCGUGUUUCUUGAAAGUGUUCUGCAAAAUCCAGAACAAAGUGGAGACAAGAAGGAUAGUGCGUCAACAUUAUCUCGCGAUGCAUUACUACUGCUCUACUUGAUGAGUACUGUUGGUUGUGUCGAUCUGGUGAAUCACUCCUCAAGAGAAAUACUAUCUCGUGUCUGCCGUAUCAUCGUUCAAAACUUGGCUCUUCACAAAGAAAGCGAUAAGUUGCAAGAUGAGGAAUUUGCUCCAGUGGAAGUCACGCGUGGGUUAAAGUUACUUGCAAAUCUAUUAGACGUGGCGCACAACCAGGAGACCCAACUCUCCUGGUAUCCAGAGAAAUUGCUGGAUCUCGCGGCUCUACUUGAAGCUCGAGUAGCAGCUCACCAAACACCCAAACGACAGCUCCCGGCAUUGCGUGUACUUCGUGGUGCAUUCGCACUAGCAACCACAGGCAAAAACAAGACUUUCUACUAUCCAUUAUCAUCGAAACUACUCGCCGAGCUACUGACCGUUCUACUCGUAAGUGCGUCGCGUCAGCACCGCGAAAUGGCCCAAUGUGUCGUGGUUUUAGCUUUCCAAAACGACCCCAAACGCGCUCGUGAGUCUGUAGGAGACAAUCAAAUUCUAGAACAACUUCUGAUUGUAUUCACGCAACCAGGUAAUGAUGCGUCAGAGUUGGCUGUAGUCCUCACGCAAGUGCUGUACGUGUCCAUCGCGCGAAGCUUCGUCGUCAGUCAACGAUUUCUCGCCAAGCUACCAGCCUUACUGGCAUCGUAUGAUCACGAGAACGAUGACACCAAUCAGCUUUUAAAGAGAGCGUUGAGUAUUUACCUCAGUUUCGUGCACUCGAGCUGUCCGCCAACAUCAGCCAUGAGAUCGGGAAUAUCCGACAUGUUGCGUUCCGAAGGAGAUCCACGUCGAGCACUGACCGUUUUGGUUCAUCAACUACUGCUGGUACAUCCUCCUGUGUGUAUAUUGACUCGAUCUUCAGUGACAUCGUUGUGUACGGAGGAUAUGAUGCUGUGGACUUGUAUUGCCGAAAGCGUGAGUCCAUUAACCCCGGCACUAGCGGCAGUAUUCACUGCUCAAGCCUCUAUUUCGACUUGGAUGUGCUUUCUUCGAGAUUGGUUUGUUUGUGUGGAAAAAGCCGAGAAUCCGAGCGACGAAAUACUACGAAAUUCGUGUCGAAUGUUGUCUAUAGUCGCGCAUUUACCCGUUUCUGAAGAACCGGAGCAGCUAGUUCAAGAGCGAAGCAAUUUAUGUUGUCGGUGUCUUGCAGUGCUGAGUUGUGGAGGCGGUAAGCUACCACCUCGUGUGAUCGAAGGAGCCUUGCAAGCUCUACUGGAUGUGCGUGAAGCAUGGGGAGAUACGUUCGUGCUUACCGGAUGCAGCACAUUCAACGGCACAGCUGCGUUGCUACCCGAACUACUGCAUGUUUUCCAAGUUCCAGAGCGUGAAUUCGAUCAAUCUCGUCAUUUGGUUCUCCAGUUCUUGUUAUUGUUGGCAAGUACUGGACACUUUAUCGAAGAGAUGAAAGCUGCUGGAACACGCAGUGCAGUCGAGAACAACCCGUUGAUCUCACCGGAUGACAAGGCUCUACCUGUUGCAUUGUUGGGUAUGCUAGGAUACAGUGCUGAUCUCAACGAGGAAUUUGCUAAAGCUCUGGAACAAUUCGACACUGCUAGUUCUGAAGCGGUACGACGAGAGCAUAUGGCGUAUCUGUUGCGUUUCCUCGAGCGCUACGCGUUAACUCAUGCACCAACGAAAGAACAAGCUAUCGAUUCCUUCAUGACUUACCUUGUUGCUGAUGCUGAAAAGGCCCAAACCGCGGCCAUGGCGACGGAACAUGAACCGGAAGUGACGAAGGAUGAACAAGCGUCCGCCAGUAAGCUGGCUUUAACAAUUGCAGGUGAUUGUCUGGCGUCUCUAGUCAGGAUUUCUGGCUGGGGUCCGCCAGAGCGAGGUCUAUCUUCGACUUUAAGUAGCUUUGGAGAAUUGUAUCUUGCUCGCUGGGAUCUCAACGCUCUGUUAGCUGUAGCAUUCGCACGACAGCGUGGAGACGAAGACAAUGACUUCCAGGAGAGACCUCGACUGGCAUUCGCUCAAAUAAUGCAGGUUUUAGAGUUGACAGCUCUUGUUAGGGCUCAACUAGAGGAGAACGCGCGAACUGGAGGCAGCGGCGUUGUCGUUGUCAGUCAAAUCAACACGCGAUGGCUCUGCAACGCCUUCAUGUUGGUGACUGGAAUGUAUCCAUCCGAUCGCAGUUCACAAGCGAGGAACGACGACUUUAUUCUGGUUGAGCAAGUGCUUACGCUUGUGUAUUGGCUGGCAGUGAACAGCUCCAUUUGUUUCGAAGAUAUUUGUCGAAAUGCUGCCCAGCUUCGUGCUUUCUUUGUGCCAUUAACACCAGUUUUCUGCGGAGAUUUCCAUGGAGAUAAAGCGAUGGAGCUCUUCUUAAGUUUAUUGGAAACGACAGUGAAUACUCCCACACCUGGAGCUGAAACGACAGCGAGUAUUGACGAGCUGCUGGUUGAGUUACUCAAGUUUCUAUAUGCUCAAGUUGACAAUGUUUUACUUCAAAAUGUUCGUGCUCGCUUGCUGCUUUGCGUUCUUGUCAUAUUGCACCGUACUGGUGACACUGGACGUGCUGCUUGCGUCGCCUAUGAACGCGCAAUGCAGCAGAUUCUGUGGCAUAUUUAUGCAACAUCCGCCACUGAGCUCCAAGCGCGUUGCAGUUGGGAACUCCUAGGUUCGCUCUGUGAAUUAGACCCUGCUAUCACUGCGCUAUUUAACCUUGAUGCUAUCCCCGUACUUCUUCGCGAAUGUGGCUGCGAUCCUGGUAAGCAACCUCGACCGUCCUCGGAUAGUUGGAGGCAUUCGAAGCGAGCAGUGGCUUUCAGACAAGCUGAGGCUCUUAAGUGCUUAUCCCGCGCAGCAAACACACACGACGAAGUGCUGUUGAAAAUCGGAGAAGCUCCUGGGAUCGCCGCUGUGCUCUUUGGUGCUUUAGCAAGUCAUGUUGUAAAUUCCGACACGAGUCGGAAAUCCAACACCAAAGAGUCCGUACUGGUGGAUAGCGCAAGUACUCAGGCUCAUGCCGCGCACUUGAUCGCACGAAUUGCAGCUCAAGAAGACCUUCGGGCUUCGUUGGUAUCGCCUGAGAACAUCUCACUGCUCAUUGAAUCCCUCGAGUCGGUGCAUUUGCCUGUGGUUUUACACGCACUACAGGCUCUAGCUCACCUCUGCGCAUUCUCGCUCUGUCUGGAUGCACUGGUACGUAACGCUACGGUACCAGUACUAGCUCAAAUUCUCUUCUCACCGCUAGUAGAGACACCUCGUCGCCGUGAGAUUGAAGCAUGUGUGCUCGCUCUACUCGGUAAAAUGUGCGACCGCAGUCAGAUAGUAAGUCGACGAGUUGUAUCCUCCAACUUGUUGCCAAAACUAUGUGAGUUUCUGAUCCUUGAGAAGGAACUCGAGUAUAUUCAACAAGAACCUCAACCAGAUGAGUUUGGCGUACAUAACAACGCUGUGUGGAUCGUUUACAGCUUGUCCAAAGACGCCGAACUCGUCCCCAAACUGGUCGCGCACAACAUCCUUGAAACACUGAGUGACCAACUACUGGAAUACGAUCAGAGUUCUACUCAACGUAAGGCAUUGGGGGCAAUGAGUCGGCUUGCAGGUGUCGCUGAAAUGGAUGCAACAUUCCUUCAGUCUUUGAUCAGCCAAAUUGUUGAAAGUGUUAGACGUAACGUCCCUGUACCAGAAGCUCAUCGCUCUGUCACCAACGCGUUAGCAGUGAUUAAUGCCAUCCUGAAAGCCAGCAAGAAUCGUUACUAUCAACAGCGUCACCGUCGACCUCAGAGUCAACAGCGUCGAGCACGAGAUAUGGAUGAAGUUAACAUCCGACAAUUGCUUCUUAAAACUGAAGGCUUGCGCGUCGCACUCGACUUACUUGGCUCAGUAGAUUCUCGAAUUAAACUGGAAGCUUUCCGUGUGGUGUCCGAGUUUAUUGAGGAUCAUCCAGAUUUUAACGAGGUGCGCGAACUGCUUCUUGGGUCAGAAGAACAAGGCGGUUCUCACGCUUUAUUGAGUCUGGUACGAGCUCUUUUGGAUGAAGCUCGUUCGAUCACAACAGCAGGUCGUGGAAAAAAUGAUCUGCUCCUGGCAGUUAUGACCUUGUUGAAUAUGCUUCUCACUGACGAAAUACUUAAGACGAAGCUCACUUCGAUGACGUACGACGUGGUGCUCCAAGUGGUAGUGGUCGUCUCUGAAAUGAACAACAAUCUGCGAGUGCUUGGUGAAGCUCUCAAAGCGUUAACAACCAUGACUCAAGCUGGACAAGUGACUGAUCUCUGCCCCGAAGCAGCUCUAGUGAGCAGCAUUGAGCCCCUUGUAAAGAUUCUGCAAGUUUUGAACGCAGCUGAAGGCGGAGCUAGCACUUCCAUGCGGUUAAACGCAUUAUUUCUGCUGGUUAACUUUGCUUCAUCGGGUCAAUGUCGGAGUCGUAUGGCACAUUGUGGUGCAUUGGAAGCUCUUCUUGGGAUUAUCCAGUCUCCUGGUGGGGCGACUCAUGAUGAUCAGUUUGUUCAACUUGCCUUACUCGGUGUAGCACUCAUGACUAGCAGUGGUAUUAGUGACGCCGCUGCUGUUGUUGAUUUAUCCAGAGCUAUUGGCAGUCUGGUACGGUUAUUAAGUUCCAAGAGUCCAAGUAUUCAAGCCAAUGCUGUCUGGGUCGUGUCUAAUAUUUCCUCGGAAGUGAGCUUAAAGAGUGCCAUUGUGGCGCGUGGUGGGCCAACAGUAUUGCAAGCCAUGCUAAACGAAAAUACGAUCAGUGACGUACCAGCGUCUAGCAGAGGAGGAGCACGUCCUGCAUCAUCGACCAUGAGGAUACGCGAAUACGCCCCAAAAGCUAUAAAAGCUCUAGGAUUCGCCCCACUCAUGCCCCCAGGUCCUCCGAAGUGAAACCACUAUAGAUAGGUACAUAUAAUUAAUAACAUGUCGAACGAACUAACUUGGAAA